UUUAUUUUAUCAUUACAGAAUCAAAGUAUGUUCCCGAUCCAGAUUGAAAUGUCGCAGGGUCUGGAGAUGCAGAUACAGAACCUGGCAGGGCUGCUGCGCCUGGGGCUGGAUAACUGAGGAAUACUAUGAAACGGAAUACUUCUGUUGCUCUGGUUGGAGACAUAAUGGAGACCAGAACUGUAAUAAAGCUAUCUGUCCGUAUGACUGUGGGGGAGAGAACAGAGGAACAUGCAUUCAGCCUGGCGUCUGUCGAUGUAAACCAGCAUAUAUCGGACAAUAUUGUCUUACAGUUGGCACAUGCUCUCAUAAAAAACCUUGUUACCCCGGAUACUGCAACGGAGCUUCUAACACAUGCCACUGUACCAACAACUUCCACCCGGAGACAUCUGUAGGCAAGGGAGACUGUUUAAAUUUUCCCAACAGCCCAGACGCUUACAGACCAUCAAUCGAACAAAGUACAAUAGACUUUGGUUAUUACAGCCAGACGAUGAAAAUGCUUAUCUUCAACAUGACGAUUGAUUCAGCUAUGAGUGAUGGCAAUAAGGAGAUUUUCUGGACUAAUCGUGAAAAACUGAACAUCAUGAAUUUUACUUUUCAAUCCAUUUCAAACUUUGAAAUUCUGAACCUGCCUACGAGACCUAGUUAUAUAAUUCAACAUGAACUUGGAAUCGUAGAAGCAGACAUUAUUUUUAUCCAUACGGCUCUUAAUGGUCGGGAAAAAGACAAAAGAGAGCUGGUGUGUGAUGGGGUUAAUAGAGAUAAGCCAUUCUAUGACAAGCUGUUUCAAUGUAAAACACGUAUUGCUCCAUUUGAUUUAAGCAUCGAAUCUGGUGAUACAUUUGCCGUCACCUAUAGGGCAAAAAAUGGAGGAUAUCGACGUCUAGCAAUUAGUGGAGAAAAACAAUAUUUCAUUGGCAAUGAAGUGAGAAAAAUGAUAGAUGUAAAAUUUGACAGAGAUUAUCCCUAUCACUGUACUGAGAAGAAUGAUUGUACAUCAUCAGACAUGCUCAAGGUUACUAAUGAAAUCACAAAGACCGCUAUCCGGUUUACUUGGAAUGGAUGGAGGGACGAUUUAUCAAAGGUUGCUCGAUACGCUCUAGAGGUUUUCAAACUGGAACCAGAUGGAACAGGAGCCCUCAAAGAGCCGUACACAGAUACAGUUGAUAAUCCUGUACCUCUAAACAUUACUGAAUUCAACGAGACCACUUCAGGAGUCCAUACAUUUUCCUAUAGACCAGACAAACCAGGCGUUUAUUCUUGGAUUUUGGAAGUGAAUGACAAAGCCAAUAACUCGGUGUAUGUUAGGCGUAUUGUUAUUUAUGAUCCAGUUUCAACUGUGACGACAGACAGCUCCAAGAGACUGUAUGCGUCCUCUGGAAAUCCGAAUGCAUCCUUUGAAUGGCAAACUCAAAAUCCUUUGACAGCAAAGAUCACUUGGAAAGGACACUUUUUAAAUUCUUUGCAUGAAAAUGAAAAGUUUUUGAAUCGUGUCAAGCAUUUUCCUGAUUCUCUUUAUGACGGGGGUUCUCGUAAUGGCUACAAAAAAAUCCCACCGGAAUAUGACGACUACAAUGGUGAGAGGACAAUAAACGCUAUACCGAAUGAACGAGGAAUUGUUAGAUACGACGUGGCUUACUACAAUGGAAAAGACCAACAAGUGGCACCUUCUUAUCGGGAUCAAAAUCUUAAAUUCAAUGAAACGGAACAAACUAUCGCUUUAGAUUCAGCUUUAGAAGAUGGCAGAUCAUUAAGCGUUUGGGUUAAAGCGUAUGAUGUACUUGGUAACGCAAACGAAGAGCGUCUGGUUCUACAUUACGAUUCUUCCAAACCUUUAGUGCAAUCACUAGAAUUGAAAAGAAAUGUGGGGACAGAUAAAAUGGAUUAUAGAAGCAGAAUACACGUUGUUGGAGCCACUGAUCCUCAUAGUGGAGUUAAGACCAUCAAAUACCGAUUCAUUGCAAAAAGUACAGGAAAGAUAAUAAAUAAUAAAGAAUAUGAAUAUGAAAAUCCAAAAAGAGACUCAAUCUACUGCAACGAACAUCCUUGUGACACAAAUUUACCGACUGGUGAGUCAUUCGGCAAGACUAUUGACCUUGACUUUGAGAACUGCUAUGCCAUGAACGUGAGUGACGUUUCUACCGAGGUAGUUAGAAUGGAGAUGGAUUUUUAUAAUUCAGCAGGGCUCUACGCUACUGAACAAAUAGAGAUAGUCAAUCUCACGUCACUUAAAGGUGUCAAUGAUUAUUUUGGGCCAACAGAUAUAAGAGUCGCAGAAACAUUAAGUGCAAGUUCGGUGAAAAUCAUGUGGAACCAGGCACCGAGUUGUUAUAAUCAACAGGGCAUCGAUUUUACCUAUAGAAAAGCUCAUAGCAGUGAUGAAAAGGUGUUUCCAGUUCACAAGGCCUCAAAUUGGUUCACAAUGGUUAACCUGGACCCAGGAAGCACCUAUAUUCUCCGGUUGUAUACGCUGUAUGGUGACGAUGAGAGAAACCCUAUCAAAAGUGAAGUCUCAGAAUUCAACUUUACGACAAGUAAGUGAAAGGGAUUUUGUUAAAAAGUAAAACCGAAAUUGUUUAAAUGUUUUCAGUUAUUUCAUACACCAGGACUUGCAUAAAAUUCCAAAAAUUUUCUAAAGUAUAUACUUCAUUUUCUUAAGGAUAUC